GGUUUUCCUGGGGAGCAGUCGCUCUGGCCCAUGAGGCCAUUGGGAGUCAAGACAGAAAUAGUGGUCUGUGGUCAGCAAGGAGCUAUCGCUGGAAACACCCCGAUCCUCCCACAGCCUGACCCUCUGUGACCUUCCUCAAAGGCUCCCUAAAGAGGCUUUCCCUUGAAGUGCAAGUCAUAGUGGUGCCCCUGCCACAUCCCUCUAUGACCGAGGUGUGUGCCCUGCCUGCCCUCCGACGCCCGCCGGUCGUGCUGGUCUGCAGAGCUGCCGCCAGCUGCACCUUCCUCGCCAUGAGUGACCUGCAGGAAGAAGGCAAGAAUGCCAUCAACUCACCGAUGUCCCCCGCCCUGGCAGAUGUUCACCCUGAAGACACCCAGCUCGAGGAGAACGAGGAGCGCACGAUGAUCGACCCCACGUCCAAGGAAGACCCCAAGUUCAAGGAACUGGUCAAGGUCCUCCUCGACUGGAUUAAUGACGUGCUGGUGGAGGAGAGGAUCAUUGUGAAGCAGCUGGAGGAAGACCUGUACGACGGCCAGGUGCUUCAGAAGCUCUUGGAAAAACUGGCAGGAUGCAAGCUGAAUGUGGCUGAGGUGACACAGUCCGAAAUAGGGCAGAAACAGAAGCUGCAGACGGUGUUGGAAGCAGUACAUGACCUGCUGCGGCCCCGCGGCUGGGCGCUCCGGUGGAGCGUGGACUCAAUUCAUGGGAAGAACCUGGUAGCCAUCCUCCACCUGCUGGUCUCUCUGGCCAUGCACUUCAGGGCCCCCAUCCGCCUUCCUGAGCAUGUAACGGUGCAGGUGGUGGUCGUGCGGAAGCGGGAAGGCCUGCUGCAUUCCAGCCACAUCUCGGAGGAGCUGACCACAACCACAGGGAUGAUGAUGGGCCGGUUCGAGCGGGAUGCCUUCGACACGCUGUUCGACCACGCCCCGGAUAAGCUCAGCGUGGUGAAGAAGUCUCUCAUCACUUUUGUGAACAAGCACCUGAACAAGCUGAAUUUGGAGGUGACGGAACUGGAGACCCAGUUUGCAGAUGGCGUGUACCUGGUUCUGCUCAUGGGCCUUCUGGAAGACUACUUUGUUCCUCUCCACAACUUCUACCUGACUCCGGAAAGCUUCGAUCAGAAGGUCCAUAAUGUGUCCUUCGCCUUUGAGCUGAUGCUGGACGGAGGCCUCAAGAAACCCAAGGCUCGUCCUGAAGACGUGGUGAACUUGGACCUCAAAUCCACCCUGAGGGUUCUUUACAACCUGUUCACCAAGUACAAGAACGUGGAGUGACGGGGGAGCUGUGGACGGUGGCAGGAGUGUCCCAGCAAGAAAGGCGACAUCUGUCUGUGCCCUGUGCCUUUCCAGGGAGCCGGGUGCCAUGGGCUUCUGGUCCAGACUGUGUUGACUGUCAUCCCCACCCCACCCCUACCUCAUGCCUGCACCACCCCCUGCCUCUUUUGGUUGUUGUUCUUAAUCUCCUUUCCAUGUAAUUCCCAGUGGGCGAGAGCCUUUGAAAAUGCAGGAUUCUAAACACCCGUG